AUGACAGUGUUCACAAUUGUCCAACGUGCCCUGCCACCACUGUCCCUCCCCUGGCGCCGUCGAAGUAGCCUAAAAGGCAAAUCCCCAGAGACAGGAUUUGAUCUCACCAGCGACGGGUCCAUUUCCGAACCGAACGGCCCAAACGCCGAACACAAUGCAUCCACAGACCUGCAUAGUGACGUCUCAACGUUGAGUCCACUGCAGGCCCAUCUAGCGGUGAGAGACGAUGCACGCGAGUCAGCAGAAUUUCUCCAAUCAAUAUGUGCCACUCCGGAUAAUAUGUCUGAAUCCGAGUCUGAUUCGACUUCCGCGCGUCACCCACGUUCCAUAAAGGCACGUUCUACGCGGGCUGAGCUUGCUCGUGCUGUUAGUUGGGCCAGUAUUGUCCGCAGUCAAUGCCGGUGGACAUUAGAGCAGGAAAAGGAGCUCUUGCAUGCGCAGAGGCAGCUGGCGAGGUGUCAGAAGGCCUGGAGCUCGGAGCAGGAAUUGUGGUUGUCUUGUGUCGAAGCCCUGAGCGAAGAAAAAGAGUCCCAUGUGGGUUUCCUCUCAAUGCGACACAAACAACAAGACGAAGAGCAAGCGCAAUUCCGAAAGGCCUGGAAGCGGCGGCGAUCGUCGUCUGGCGAUGAGCAGGUACAGGCGACCGUCAUCGAGAAUGCGAAUCAAUCGGGCAAAUUACGUCGCUUGCAGCGGUAUGGCUAUUUGGGACCCCGGUUGGGCACGGCCGGAUCGGCGCUUUUGGCGGUUAAGGCGUAG